AUGCGGCCUACCCUGAACCUUGAGGUGUUCUUAGUUUGUGUCCUAUCGUGCGCACCCUACGUGCAUCCCCUGUCCUUCCGUCCGUCUGCCAUUGGAGCAUCGGGAUGCCUGUGGAGCCACUUGCGCAAAGAUGCUCUUGGAAGCAGGCUUAUCGGAGGUAGUCUCGGACCCAAGACGAUGUUAUCGUCCAAGUACAGCCCGCGCGAUGAGAUCUUCAAGAAGGCGCUGCCUAAGGUCGACAUGGGCUGGCGGCGCAUAUUCUCUGGCAGCUUCAACGUCUUCUGCCUUUGUCUGUUCAUCGCUGGAAUGAGCAUGGAUAGAAACCUUUACCGCCUCAUAGCGGGUCAGAUCACCGUCCUCGAUUUCCUCACCGUCACUUCGAAGGAGAUGCUUGAGACGACUGUCAUGCUGUAUCAUGCGGGUUGCUCUACAGUCUCUCGCUCCUUCCAGGAUGGCAAGGAAUGGUGUGCGAAGAUGAUGGGCGACGAAGCCCGUUCAGCAAGAGAAGGUAUACAGAAGCAGUUCCCUCCUGGUUCCAUUGGGAACCCGCUGCCUAAGUGA